GCUUUGACUCAUCCGGCUCAUUCUAGGCGGGUGAUGCCUGCCUUCGCCUGUACGGCUGUCUCUUAGUAACCCUGCACACCGUGACUGGUGAGCAUGGAAACAAGGGAGGAGGAGCAAAGAGGAGGAGAAUAGAGAUCAGCUGUCAGUCGCUUGGCUCGCCCCCUCCUCCAACCACAAGCCACAUUCCCUGAGGCUCAGUAAGACUUCCUUCCCAUUCAUAAGCCCAGCCGGGACAGUCAGCUUCCCCAGCGAGAGAAGGGCGAAGGACCGGUGACAGUCAGCUUCCCCAGCAAGAGGAGGGCGAAGGGCGAAGGACUUGUAACAGUCAGCUUCCCCAGCGAGAGAAGGGCGAAGGACCCGUGAGCUCCGACAUCUCCAAAGGAAAGGCAGAGCAACAAAACAUAGAAGACUUUUCUGCAAGGAGUAAGAAAGGAUUUAUUAUCAGUCAGCGAGUGCCAAGUAUGGCAUCCUAAAACGCUCCCCUUUCCUGGCUCAUGAGCGCCCCCGGACACUACUACAGCCUGCCCCGGACUCUACUCACCCCCCGCUUGUACUCAGACGGGACGAUGGGUGGCAUUGCCCAAAUCACCCCCUUCCUCUACCUCAGCAAGGGGAGCGUGGCCUCCAAUAGACAGCUGCUCUUGGCGCGAGGCAUCACCUGCAUCGUCAACGCCACGGUCGAGGUGCCCAACGCAAACUUCCCCGACUUUGAGUACUACCGGGUGCCCGUGGCCGACAUGCCCAGCGCCCCCAUCUCCAUGUACUUCGACAGCGUGGCCGACAAGAUCCAGAGCGUGGCCCGGAAGCGGGGCGCCACCCUGGUCCACUGCGCGGCCGGCGUGAGCCGCUCGGCCACCCUCUGCAUCGCUUACCUGAUGAAGUACCAAAACGUCAGCCUCUCCGAGGCGUACAACUGGGUGAAGUCCCGCCGCCCGGUCAUCCACCCCAACGUCGGCUUCUGGCGGCAGCUCAUCGACUACGAGCGGGAGCUCUACGGGAGGAACAGCGUGAAAAUGGUACAGACCACGUACGGCAUGAUGCCCGAUGUUUACUGGAGAGGGAGGAGAAACUUUGUGCCUCUCUGGGGGAUCUGAAGAGCACGAAGAAACAAGGGCCUCCCCAAAACAACAAACCGAUCACAACCAAGAGCGUUACCCACCAAACCUUACAGCCAACUCCAGUUCCUUUUGGGACUCUCAAAACUGCAAUGUAUUUAAUUUUUUUCGACACACCAAACCAGCAACCCUGUAAAAUUGAGGGGACUUUGUGGGGAUAACUUGGAGAGAGACUCUUCUAUUUAUUUUCCAGGCAAAGCAGCAAAACAUAAAAGACUAUUCUGCAAGGAGUCAGAAAGGAUUUAUUUUCAGCCACUGAAAAUUUCAAUUUUCCAUUUCAAUAUUAGCACUUCAUGAAGCCAGACCGUUUCAGAUGGUGGAGAAUGUGUGACUCAAAUAUUGUUUGGCAAUGCAGGUACUUUGUAUUUUAUUUUAUUUCUUCUUAUUAACCAGCAUUGGAAGAAAACCGGUUGGUCCUUCUCCUCCUCCAAGGACAGAUCACUUCUAAAUCAUUUAGUAGCCGACGUCCAAUGGCAGAGAAGUAAAUAUGUAAUUAUAAUCUUAUUUUAAAAACACAGAGUCUUUCCAUUUUGACAAUGCACAA